GGACACGGACACAGAGACACGGAGACCUCAGUGUGGAAUAACAUUCAAACCGACUGAUUAUUUCUUCAGGAGAAGCUUUGGACUGAGUCCACGCGGACUGCUGCUGUCUGGACUCUGGGGCGAAGAGGAGGCGUUUCAGUCCUCAGAGCAAAGCUGACCCACAUGUGAGUGCUGGGUGCCGCCGCCAGGAGUCGCUGUUUCACCGCUUCGUUUCAGCUGUUUUUCCGGUGACAGCAGCGAAUGACAACACCGACAGCUCGGCCCUCUCUCCAUUCAACCUCAGAACUAAAUAUCGUCACGAAGUAAGGCUGUUUCUCACCUAUCACCGAGUGUGUCCGGUACGAAAUCCUCUCCUGAUCGAUAACGCCACCGGAAGCUGCCCGGACCGGUGCUCGUCUGUUUACCGUAAACACUCUUCACCACGCUAAGUUAGCCCUGUUAGCCUCCGAGCUAACGUCAGUUUCUGCUUUACAGCUGCGUAGUUUGAGUUACUUUGGCGGUCUACAAGCAGUCUGGUUUUGGACUGGGACUCCUGUGUCUUGGGGAAUUUCUUCUUUAUGCGUCACUGGAAGCAGAAGCAGCAUGGCAGAUGACAAGGACGUGUUGAGAGACGUGUGGUUUGGGCGGAUACCCACCUGCUUCACCCUGAGCCAGGAUGAGGCUACAGAGAGAGAGGCCGAGCCCUACUAUCUCCUGCUGCCCAGAGUGAGCUACCUAACUCUGGUAACUGACAAGGUGAAAAAACACUUCCUGAAAGCAAUGAGAACCGAGGACGUGGAGGAGAUGUGGUUCGAGUACGAAGGGACGCCACUCAAAUGGCACAAUCCAAUUGGGGUUCUCUUUGACCUCCAUGCUUCUAAUACAGUUUUACCCUGGAGCAUCACUGUGCACUUUAAGAAUUUUCCAGAUAGUGACCUGCUCCACUGCCCGUCCAACUCUGUGAUCGAGGCUCACUUCAUGUCCAGCAUCAAGGAGGCCGACGCCCUGAAGCACAAGGGCCAAGUGGUCAACGACAUGCAGAAGAAGGACCACAAGCAGCUGUGGAUGGGCCUGCAGAACGACAAGUUUGACCAGUUCUGGGCGAUGAACAGGAAGCUGAUGGAAUAUCCGACCGAGGAGGGAGGCUUCAGAUACAUCCCCUUCAGGAUAUACCAGACGACGAGCGACAGGCCGUUCAUUCAGAAACUGUUUCGCCCCGUUUCGCCUGAAGGCAACACGCACACGCUGGGCGACCUGUUGAAGGCGAUGUACCCAGACGCUCUAACAAACGAUGGUGAGCAGAAACGCUACCAGGUGGUGAUCCACGGCAUCGAGCCGCUGCUGGAGACCCCUCUCCAGUGGCUGAGCGAGCACCUCAGCCACCCGGACAACUUCCUGCACAUCUGCGUAAUCCCCGCCCCCAGCGACUGAGGCCACACCCCCUCCCGGUCCGGCCCACCGUCACCAUGACGACGCGCUGGCGAAGCCAGCUCGCUAAACCCCCCCGGGAAGAGUAACGUUUACAGUGGCGAGCCUUUUGAAGGGACUCUCUAAACGAGACCGGGAUGAGGAUGAGGAGGAGGAGGACCUUCCUCACACUCCUGCUUCCUUCUCGCGUCUCGUCUCCUGCUGCCGCCGUGACUCCCGUUUCCCUCCGAGAAAACCUGCGAGGGCGGAAGGACGACAUGAACUUGAAGGCGGGCGUCUUUCGGUUUCUCUUCUCCAGCCUCCUCCUCUCCUUCAACUCCCGCCUCCGCUGGAGGGGAGGAGGCGAACGGGCUCCUCGCUUUUCAUUUCUUCGUUUUUCUUUUUCAUCCCGGCGAACUUCUUCCUCCUCGUCCUGUGGGAAACUGCCCGGUGUUCAGGGCCUUCGGGGAGCGGCGGAUCCAGUCCUUCUGACGUUGCCUUAGUUAAUACAUUCAUAAAUGACAUGACUCAUGAAGUUUACAUCUCAUCCUGGUCCACAAGCCGCUUCCUUCAGUGCUUCAACUAACAAAGAGCUGGAAUAAGAAGCGGUUUUUAGAACUUUGUCACAUUAUUUCUUUUCACUUAACAGAACUUAAUAUCAUUCUUUCCUGAAUCGUCAUCAAACUGUAGCUUUGGCUUUAGAACUGUACCUCCACGUUCCGGUUUAGGUGUUGCGGUGAGUCCUGGGUGGGUGAUGGGAAUCUCUACGUCUUAAAACCAAACGGUUGUGCUUCAGCUGCAGGUAGCCAUGAACUCCACUCUAACUCCUUUUUACCGUUUCUUUCAAGAUAUGAGCAGUUUUCACAUGGUUAACGUUCCUGAGUCGUCCGGAGCUCUUUGUCCCGAAGGCAAAUAAACUACACACACACACACACACACACACAGACACACACACACGUGUUUUCAAUAUCAGGUGUUGAUUUCUCACCAUCACAACGCUCUCUGGCUCUUUUUUACUGUCUGUUUUCGUCAGAUUGGGCCAAAGCUUCUUCGUCCGCUGCCAAACAUGAGCUGAGCAUCUGGUUUAGUUGUGAGACGGCUGGCAGGGUUGCUAAUGAAGAGUCUGCAGGCUGUGAUCUCUGCCUCCGAGUGUCACCUUUUAGUUUACAGACCUGGACUGAAGUUGUGGCUCUUUUCCCAGCGCCGUGGCAUCGCUUUGUGUUCGAUCGCCUCGUGUUUGGUUCAUUCUUACAAAGUAUGCCUCUUUCGUCAUCUCCUCACGUUUUAGUCUGUCUCUCUGCAUUUUUUAACAUCUCUUUACACUGAAAUAAAGUUAUAUUAAAGCUUU